UCAUAAUAUUAAUUUAACUUUCUGACGUAACUAAUCAUAGAAACGACGUUCCGCAACAUUAGAUAUCAACACGUAACGUGAAUAAUGAAUAGAUUAACAAGAAACGAUUACAAAGCUCAUUCAAGAAUGGACAAAGUUUGUUCAUCAAAAAGGACAAAGUCGAUAUAUGGCGCACAUGGACGUCAAGAUUCGCAAAGAAAAUUGUCAAACCGCAGAAAAGCUGAUGAUAAGACCACACAGAAGAAAAGGCGAAGUAAGAGCGCUUUACCACCACAAAGUCAUAGGAGGGCGAUGCCACAAAAACAUGGUCAAGUUGGACAGCGCAAAAGACGCGCAACCGCACAUAAGAGUUCUAGAGCUGAAAUAAGAAACCAGUCUGCUUAUGAGUUGAAGAUGUAUCUCGACGAAAAUUAUGACUCCGUGCAACAUACAAACAGAUAUGAAAGAGAAAUUUCCAAAGUACCUGCUUCUCAAUGGAAUGAUACAAAAGUGUCCGAAGAUGUUCAAUCACAGUGCAAACCGAAAAUAAAAAGGGACACUCGAAAAUCAGACGACAUCCAAUGCCAACCCGCCAACCAGCAGACGUCAGGUGACCAAACUGUAAAAUCUACUAAACAUGGAAACUUAGACAUGAGCAUUACACAUAUCUGCCCAAAGUCACAAUCUACUAGCACUCGGCAAAUCAGUGAGAAGUUACUAAAAGAUGAUAUAAGAAAUGAGUUGGCAGACAAGAAGAAGUCAAAGAAAGGAUUUUUUACCAAUGUCUGUCGUGCUGUCCUCGCUUGCUUUGGUAUAAAAAGUGACAGAAAAUGAAACGAUCCAUUUGUUAAAAUUAAUCUAUUUUGUGUU